AUGAAUACAAAACAGAAAAGUGGUGAUUUUCAAUUUGAUUUAACCAUUGAAACAGUGACACGCAACAACAUGACUACAACAAAUAUGCAGGUUGAAACCAUAUUUCGUGCACAUUUCGUUUGCUGGCGCAUUAUGGGCUUUUUGCCAACCGAAAAUUAUGGUGGACUGUAUGCAGUCUAUUCGAUAUUAGUAAAUGUUAUUAUAACAAUCGGUUAUCCAUUGCAUUUGAUGAUUGGUCUAUUCAUGAGUACCACAUUAUUUGAGAUAAUCAAAAAUGUGGCCGUUAUGCUAACGGUUUUAGUGUGCUCCAUAAAAACCGUUGUUACGUGGCUGAAAUUUCAGAAUAUAGAAAUUAUGUUCGAUAUAAUAAGAAGGCAAAAUAAACGAAUUGCUUUGGCCAAAGAUGAGAGCCUCUAUAUAAAAUAUGAGAGUUUGAAGAGAUUGGGACAAAUAUUGAAAUUGUUUACGAUAUUGUAUGCAGCAGCGGGAGUGUCUAGCGAAUUGUCGGUAUUAUUUAACGGUGUAAUGGGCACCUGGAGUUUAAUGUAUCCCGCCUAUUUUCCAUUUGAUCCAUAUGCUAGCUCAACAUUGUAUAUUCUGGCUCAUAUUUAUCAGUUUGCUGGUGUGUCAUUUUUAAUUCUGCAAGACAUUGCUAGUGAUUCAUUUGCUGCCAUGAAUUUGGCCUUGUUGAGUGGCCAGUUGCGCACAUUAAGUAUGCGGGUAGCCAAACUGGGUACAGACAAGAAAAAGGGGAGGAGCGAAAAUAAUGAGGAAUUAUUGGAGUGUAUACAGGAUCAUAAGGAUUUAUUGCAAUAUCGCCACAAAUUGGAGGAGAUUAUCUCUUUCUAUAUGUUCUUUCAAAUCCUAUUCACCAGUAUUAAUAUGUGCUCUACUAUUGCAUUUUUAAUACUUUUUGCCAAUGAUCCCUUUACCUGGAUCUAUUAUUCAGUUUAUUUCUUAUCAAUGGCUGGAGAAAUUAUGCCGGUGUGUUAUUAUGGCACAAUUAUCGAGAUAGAAUUUCAAAAUGUUACUUACGCUAUAUUCUCUUCGAAUUGGUUGGAGCAGGAUGCAAUAUUUAAGAAACAUAUAAGGAUCUUUGCCGAGGCCACCAAGAAGCCCUUGUGUAUUAUGGCCUGGUUGUUUCACAUCAAUUUAAGUACAUUUGUAUUCGCUUGCAAAAAUGCAUAUUCUAUGUUUGCUUUAAUAAUGAAUAUGAAGUGA